UCCAAAUCCAAAAGUGCUUCAUCUGUGAAGAAAAUGUUACAGUCAGCACAGACCGAGAAUGCCACAAUGUCAACCCAGUUAAUGUUAUCAAAGGCAUGUGAAGUCCACCAGCACAUGGUUAGAGUGGUGGACUAUCGCCUGAAGUGAGAUAUUCUGGUGAGAUUUAAGCAGGAAAGAAACAGGAAAAAAACAACUCAUUUUGUCUUUGACAUGGACAUUUGACAUUUGACUCGAAGUGAAGUGGGCGAAUUAAUGUUUUGUUCACAGACCAGUAAAUAAAUAUAUAUAUUUUGUUUUUUGCUUUGAUUCCAUGAUUGAGGAAAAUUAUUCUUAUAAAUAAAUGAAUUGCUAAAAUAAACAUUCUUUACUAGAAAAGUUAUGUCAUUUAAUCUUAGUUUCUAUUGUGAAAAUGCAUUUUUCUAUUCCUGAUUUGCAACAAUUUCGCGACGAUAAUGGAAUCACUUACACGGGCUUCAACAUCUAUAUUGAUGGGUUUUUUCACUGUACUGCUCGGUACAAGCAACUGCUCAGCCUACAUGAGCAAUUGCAGGCUCAGUUUCAACAUAUCAAAUUACCACAAUUUCCGCCUAAGAAAUUAUUUUUAACAAAUUCUCAACUAGAUGAGAGACGAAUUCUGCUAGAAAAAUAUGUUCAAUCAGUUGGACAGAAUCCAGUAUUUGCAAAUUCAGGUAUUCUGAUUACAUUCCUUUUUUCGGCUCAACAAGAAACACAUUCCGUAAGAGUCCAUGUAGUGGACAUAGAAAUAUCACUAAUGAAUGGGUAUAGAAUACCUCUGUCUGUGUCAUCCACAGACUCCUCCAGUACUGUUUUAGAUAUUGCUUGUAAUUAUGUGAACUUAUCAAAAGACUUUACAAAAUAUUUCUCUUUAUACCUUUUUAAUUGGAGCUGUGCUAAAGAUUGCCAACCUUGUAUGAAGAAAUUAGAGGAUUAUGAAUCUCCAUAUAUUUCUCAAAAAUAUGUCAGGCCUGAAGACAAGAUUGUUUUAAGAAAAAGCUACUGGGACCCAUGUUAUGAUAUUGAUCUAAUGAUUGACAGAGUACCAUUAGAUUUAUUAUAUCUACAACUUAUAGAGGAAUUAGAUUUGAAUUGGAUGACAGCAGAUUCAGAAACUAAAGAGAUCCUGUCCUCAUAUGAAGCAAAGAAACAAAAGAGAGAGUACAUCGAAUUAGCGAGAACUCUAAGCUACUACAGCAGUAUACCGGCCGGUGACGCAGUAACGGACGCGGUGAAUGUAGGCGAGCCUAACAGUGCCACCAUACGCGUACGGGUCUCUCUCGCAUCCAAAGAGCUGACUCUGGCGAGUGUGACCAAUCCGAGUCACGAACAACGGUAUAAAGUCACGAGGAUGAGGUGCUGGCGGAUAACAACUUUGCACAAUUUGGAGCGAACGCAGACAAACGGGGAUGAUUCCCUUCUCGAUGAGCCCAGUAAAAACUUCGAACUAUCAUUUGAAUAUCUGCUUAGCAAAGAAAACUUGGUUUGGGUGACGCUUCGGACGGAACAUGCUAUAUUUAUAAGUGUGUGUUUACAGUCAAUAGUGGACGAGUUGAUGCGUCAAAAGAACGGAGAAGGUCCGACGUCACCGCGAUGCAAGCGCGCUAGUCUCGCGUACCUUCGACGUGACGGCUCGACGCAUCUAAUCACUCCGUCCUCCUCUAGCGACACACUGAGCUCUGUGAACGGUGACUCCUCCGGCAGUUCUAGAGAAAUAUUCUCGGUUCAGAAACUCACAGAGAAGUUCGCGUCUGUCGCGUUCAAAUCCGGAAAAGAUUGUGUGGAAAACAACGCAUUCGAAGCUAUUGGUGAUGAAGAACUGUAAAUGCUAGAAAUAUGUGAUACAAAGUAGCCUGAGAAUAAAUUUGGCUGUAUAUCGCGUUCGAAUUAACUGUACACAGUGCUUUUAGUAUAAUAUUUUAAAAGUAACGUCAAGAGUAAAAAAGGAAGUAUGUACCCUGUUUGUAAAGCUUAAAUAUGCCUACAAUUCUACAGCAAGUGCUCUGGGCAGAGUACAAAAUAGUAUCACAGAGUUUGCGACCAUAAACUAAGUACAGUACGAUUCAAACGUAAAUGCGCCCCUGAAGUUUGCGCACGACGUUGCGUGACGUGCGACCACACACAUUUAAGUGUCCGGUGUAGCGGGGAGGGUAACAGCGCACGUCUGCUAACUUCACGCAGACGCAUUUAAUUUUGAAUCGUACUGUACAUUAGGUCUAUUUUGCCUUGAACCUUUCGGUUCUCGAAAGCGACUCUACUAUUGAGUAUCCGAUGAAAUGACAAAUAGAAUACGAUGCCUCUUCUUGGUUCUAAACUAAGCUGUAAGGGAAACGAGUUGUUGAGUCUAAUAAGCCCAUGCUAUAAAAACAAAUAGACAAAAUUUAUGUGUUAUUAAUAAAUUACAUGUACACCCCAAAUUGUAUAAAAUGUGAAUUGUAUUAAGUAUUACAUUUUUUGUACUUUAGUUUAAUGUGCAAUAAAAGCGUAUUCAUUCAUUCAAUAUGCAGAUUGUACAUCUUACAUACUUCAGUUCAAACAAACAGAUACAGACGUUUGACACACACACUAAGACAAAACACAAGGUCAUCCUAAUCAUCUCAUGAAAAUGGUAUUCUGUCACGAGUCUCAAUUAAACAUUUAGGGCCUUAUUAUAAAGUCAGGAUAGUUAUGCAGUGUUUUGUUACAAAACAGACAGCACCUUUUAUAUGUCAGAGCGUAAAAAAAUACAGCAUAUACAAACGUUAUGCCACCUUAAUAAUAACAUACUGAGAGCAUACCUACAUACUUUAGUUCAAAUUAUCUAUUACAUAACAAGUGUAAGUCUCAAAAUAUAAGUAUUUUUUGUUCCACAAUCAGAAGUGUACAGUUAGUUCGUCCCGUAUAUAAGUCACAAGCUAGGUAGACAUUAGCAACACACGAGAAGCCACAAGCUGUUCUAAAGAAAUUUUUAGUAUUUUUGGGCUUCCCAACUGGUGUGAGAUAAUCAGCACCACAGCCUGUGAUGUUAUCAUUGUUUAACUCUCAGCGCUAUAGCCUUUACUACCGCCUUGAUUUUAUUUCCCAAAUUAGUACACUUGUAUCAUAAUGUAAUUAUUAACUAGUCUUCUUACUCUAUUCAAAUAUUUCCCAAAGAACCAAGGUCACCAGAAAAAAUAUUGCCAAUUAAAUUUAUACUUACUCUCAUUUUAUCUUGAAGAUGUACAUAAUUAUUGAUGUUUAUACACUUUAUCCUUUUAAUAUAAAUGUUUUAAUAAAAAAUUAUGGCUAUGCUAUUUAUAAUUCUUUUGAUAUAUUUGGCAAUCUUGUCCUGGCCAUACACUUGCCAUGCCAUAAUUUCAUAAGUGAAAUAAAAUAUAUUUAUUGUGUUAAAAUUCUAGGAGAAUAG